AUGGUGACGAAGAAAAUCAGGACGGAAUACAUGAAAAAGUUCAGGGACCCUAAAUGGGAGACCUUUUCCAAAUGUUACGAAGACUCGUUGAAGUACCGAUUAACCAGGAGAGUGAUGGAGCACUCUCACAAACCGUGGUUCUGGGAAGGCUGGGACAACAGGUCCGAUUCCAGCGGGAUGUCCACUCCUAGACUGAUGAGAAACAAAGUUUCACCCCUGUCUGUUAAACCACCUACGCAUUUGGAUAUCAAUCCUGAGACGUUACCAGAAUUUAAGGCCGCGCCUCAACCAAAGCCUCCUUUUGAGAACAGAGAGCCAGAGGUAGAGGUCAGAGAUGCACCCGUUUUGGACGCAGCAGGACCCACAGGAGAUGGUCUGAAUGACCCUAAUGUAAGCUCAGUGAAAGAGGUUCCGAACGCCAGGGGACCACCAAGCAUCCUAACAGAUGACGGACCAGCUGACCCGGACUCAUCUGAUGAAGACCCUGUAAAACCAGAGCCCAGAUGUCAUUACCGCCAUCGGGCUCCUCGCUCUGAACCAGGAACUACGGAUAGUUCCCAUGAUGACAAACCAAGGUCAGUUCGGAAGCCUUCAAGAGCUAAAAGCCAGCCUCCAGCCAGCACCAAGGAGAAGGAGAACCGGCGCCCGUCCAGCCGAUGUGAAUGGGCAGAGCAACACCCAGAGAACAGGAGGACUCCAAAUGAGAGCCGCACGUCUGACAUGUCCAUCCAGACCAGGCGAGAAUCGGUCAAGAGGGGUUCCAACCUGGAGCAAAGGAGGGCACGUUCGGCGGACCUGGAGAAGCUGAAGUCCGAGCUGACGGUGGUAGAUGACCGCUGGAUGACGGAGUACAUGCGCUGCUUCUCUGCCCGCCUGAGGUAG